AUGCUACGCGUUCAUGACAAUGUGCUUCUACGCUCUGUGUCGAUACUGCCUGUGCUUAUGGUGAUGGCAAUCUUGUUAUUAGAGUACUAUGUCUUCAUGAUGGAGUACUGGAUGCCAGAAUUUCAGCGAUCUGUGGAAUUUGUUGUGCUGUGGAGAUUAUUCGAAGCAUUCCUUUUCCACUUUGUAGUGGGAUGUGUGCUCGUUGCGUAUUUUAAAGUUGUGCUUACAGAUCCUGGAUAUGUUACACCGACAUUAAUUCAAUGCAUGAAAGAUGCGAUGCAAGAAGCAAUGGAAGAAGGAGGUGGCAAGACUCUACCGAUGGUCAGCACCUGUCAAAAGUGUCAUCUGCUUAAACCAUUUCGGGCACACCACUGCAGCUUCUGCAACCGUUGUGUAUUGAAAAUGGAUCAUCACUGCCCGUGGGUCGCUAAUUGUGUCGGUCAAGGCAACUACAAAUUCUUCUUCCACUUCGUCAUUUAUGCGUUCAUUGCUUUAUCUUUGUGCGUGAGGGCUCUUUUUGGAGAUUUUCAGGCCGCUCUCUUCAGCGAAAAUGCAUCCCAUGAUGCCUCUAAAUUUUCUGCCAUGGCAGUUGUUGGGUUCGUACUGGCUGGUGCAUUGGGAAUUAGUCUGCUGGGUUUCAUUGUUGUUCAUUCUUACCUUUUGAUCCACGGUGCUACGACGAUUGAAUGCCACGAGUACGGCCGUGCUUUUCCAUUCAACCAAGGAUGGAGGAUGAAUGUGAACCAAGUAUUUGGCGAGACGAAAAAAGAUUGGUUUUUACCGACAACGCCUGCUCAGAAGCAACGCUACGUUUUACAUCCAGCGGAAUUAAAACAUCUCACAGCUGACAUUUGCCUUGGCAAUGACGAAGAUGACACCUUGUUAUAG